GCAGCAGCAGCAUGAGGAACAGAAGACUUGAGGAUAUCAUGGCACGGCAGCUGUAGCAGCAGCAGCAACAGGCGAAAACACCCUUCCUCCCUAAACACACACGCGAGAGACAAGGGAGAGAAAGGAGAGGAGAGAGAAGGGCAGGAAAGCUAGAAGAAGAGAGAUCCACCUCGAAGUAACCCCUACUCCCCUCCUCGCUUGCUCGUUGCUCCUGCUGGCUGCCGCUGCCGCCGGCGUCGACUCGCUCGAGUGAGCUGCAAGAAUUGCUCUGCCCGUCCGUCAGGAGAGAGCAGAGGAAGAAGCCGCGGCCAUGAGGGAGGAGGAGGAGCCCAGCUGGUUCGCGCGCGGCGAGGAGCAGGAGCAGCAGCUCCCGCGGCCGGACGAGCUGAUGCCGCUCACGCAGACGCUCAUCACGCCCGAUCUCGCCGUGGCCUUCGACAUCACGACGCACGGCGCCGGCGGGGCGGGCCCCGUCCCCGACAUCAACGGCGGCGGCGCGUCGUCGGCCGCGGGAUCCAGCGGCGGGGGCGGGGGCGGGGGCGGCGACGAGCCGGCGCGGACGCUCAAGCGCCCGCGCCUCGUGUGGACGCCGCAGCUGCACAAGCGCUUCGUGGACGCCGUGGCGCAGCUCGGCAUCAAGAACGCCGUGCCCAAGACCAUAAUGCAGCUCAUGAGCGUCGACGGCCUCACGCGCGAGAACGUCGCGUCCCACCUCCAGAAGUACCGCCUCUACCUCAAGCGCAUGCAGGGGCUCGGCGGCGGCGGGGGAGGGGGCAGCCACUCCUCCGGCUCCGGCUCCGCCACCGACGCCGCCACCGAGCACCUCUUCGCCACGGGGCCCGUCCCCUUCCUCCCGCCGGCCCACCGCGCGCCCGCCGCCGACACCUACCCGCCCUUCUCCCCCAUGGGCUCCGGCGCCGCGCACCACCACCACCGAGCGCCGCAGAUCGGCCACUUCCACCACCCGGCCGCGCGCCCGCUCGCCCACUACGCCGCCGCCGCCGGGCCCGGUUUCGACCACGGCUUCCUGAGCCGCGUCGCGCCGCCCGGGAUGCACCACCACCGCAUGGCCAGCGCCGCCGCCGGGAUGGGGAUGGGGAUGAUCGCGCCCUCCUCCUUCGCCGACGAGAUGGACCGAGGCGCUGGCGGCAGCGGCGGCGGCGGCGGCCGCCGCGAGCUCACGCUGUUCCCGACGUCCGGGGACCACUGAGGCCGACGGCUGCGACGGGCAUCGGACUGCGACUGCGGGCGGUCGCCUCCGCCCUCGUUCUU